AGAGGCCUCUUUACAGUUGGCAUGACCCAGAACUGCCAACCUCUUCCAUGUUUGUGACAGACGUGCAGGCUUAGACCUGAGAGGACAGAGGGAGGAGGCCUGAAUGGGGAGUCUGGACACCUGGGUUGAACUCCUUAUGCUUGUAGCUGAGUCCUGCUUGACCCUGAACAAGUUUCCUCCUGUGUGAGCCUUAAUACCUUCUCUAAAAUCAGGAGUAGGACUUUGCCUUGCCAGGGGUCCUCCUAGGAUGUGUCAGGGACCAUGACCUUGGGGCUCCCAGGGAGGAGUCUUCUGAUGCUGCUGAUGGCCUUGGGCCUGACUCUGAGUGACGCCAUGAAGCCUUCUCAGCGCCCACUGGUGACCUGUGUGUGCCAGAACCCACACUGUAGGGGGCCUACCUGCCAGGGCAUCUGGUGCACGGUGGUGCUGGUUAAGGAACAGGAAAAGGACCCCCAGGAACACCGGGGCUGUGGGAGCCUGAACCAGGAGCUCUGCAGGGGACACCCCACUGAGUUCGUCAACCAUUACUGCUGCCAAAGUACCCUCUGUAACCACAACGUGUCCCUGGUGCUCAAGACUACUCAACCUCCUCCAGAGCAGCCAGGAAUAAGGAGCCAGCUGCCUCUGAUCCUGGGUCCUGUACUGGCCUUGCUGGUCCUGGUGGCCUUGGGUGCUCUGGGAAUGUGGCAUAUCCGGCGACGGCGAGAGAAACAGCGGGGUCUGCACAGCGACCUGGGCGAGUCCAGCCUCAUCCUGAAGGCAUCUGAGCAGGGGGACAGCAUGCUGGGGGACUUCCUGGACAGUGACUGCACCACGGGCAGUGGCUCGGGGCUUCCCUUCCUGGUGCAGAGGACAGUGGCACGGCAGGUUGCUCUGGUGGAAUGUGUGGGAAAGGGGCGCUAUGGAGAGGUGUGGCGGGGCUUGUGGCAUGGCGAGAGUGUGGCGGUCAAGAUCUUCUCCUCCAGAGAUGAGCAGUCAUGGUUCCGGGAGACGGAGAUCUACAACACAGUGUUGCUCAGACACGACAACAUCCUAGGCUUCAUCGCCUCCGACAUGACCUCACGCAACUCCAGCACACAGCUGUGGCUCAUCACCCACUACCACGAGCAUGGCUCCCUCUACGACUUUCUGCAGAGACAGACGCUGGAACCCCAGCUGGCCCUGAGGCUGGCUAUGAGCGCGGCCUGCGGCCUGGCGCACCUGCACAUGGAGAUCUUUGGCACGCAGGGCAAACCGGCCAUCGCCCACCGUGACCUCAAGAGCCGCAAUGUGCUGGUCAAGAGCAACCUGCAGUGCUGCAUCGCUGACCUAGGUCUGGCUGUGAUACACUCCCAGGGUAGUGAUUACCUGGACAUCGGCAACAACCCGAGAGUGGGUACCAAGCGGUACAUGGCGCCCGAGGUGCUGGAUGAGCAGAUUCGCACUGACUGCUUUGAGUCCUACAAAUGGACUGAUGUCUGGGCAUUUGGGCUAGUGCUGUGGGAGAUUGCCCGGAGGACCAUCAUCAAUGGUCUUGUAGAGGACUAUAGGCCACCCUUCUAUGAUGUGGUGCCCAAUGACCCCAGCUUUGAGGAUAUGAAGAAGGUGGUAUGUGUUGACCAGCAGACUCCUACUAUCCCCAACCGGCUGGCUGCAGACCCGGUUCUCUGUGGCCUGGCUCAGAUGAUGCGGGAAUGCUGGUACCCCAACCCCUCCGCCCGCCUCACCGCCCUGCGCAUCAAGAAGACCCUACAGAAACUCAGUCUCAAUCCAGAGAAGCCCAAAGUGAUCUGCUAGUCCUGGGGCACUGGGCUCUUUCUGUCUGUAGUGUGUGGGGGUGUGUGGGGGGGGGUGGAGGAGUCAGGAGUUGGGGGGGGUUAUCUGGAUGGAAGUAGUGUGAGGGUAUUUAAUGGGGUGGGGCUGCCCCCCUCCAUGGGGCAGCUGUUCCUGCCCAACUUGGCCCCCAGUCCAUUCAGCCAAAAAUACAGCUGGGCUGAAAUCUGAUCCCCCCACUGUCUGGCCCGCUCAACAUGGCUGUCUCCCUGACUCCUGGCUUUCUCCCCCACCCCCUUAUGCCAGUGGGGUAUACCCCCACCCAUCCCUGGGCUGGAUGUGGCACAGGUUCCAAAGUCAGGGUACCCAAACUAGGGAAUCGUAGGUCCAGAACUAUUCUUGCACUGUCUCCAGCCCUUAGUCAAGUCCCCUGCCCCACCAGAGCUGCCAGCGUGGUGCAGGGCCACCACGUAGCACAACCGUUGGUGGACACGCCACCCAGCCAGACCUCAGCCUCUGGCCCAUCCCUUGUAUACGCAGGGCCCCUCAGUUUCUUUCCAUGGGUUUCCGUCUCAGCUCUGUAACAUCUUGGUUUUCCAUGGACAUACUGGAAGAUUUGGACUUAACUUCUUUGGAUCUUUACCUGAUUUUCCUUCAGGGCCAAUGUAUGUGCUAGCUAGGCUCCCCAGUCUCCUGUAUUCCUAUUGGCCUGGGCCCUGACGAUUUGAAAAUGAGGACUGCUAGAGGAUACCGGGCGUCUGAAGCUCUGCUUGCAUUCAGCCAUGCUAGCGCUCAUCUAGCCCUGUGCCUUCUGCCCCUUCUGAGGCCUUGCCACCCCUGGGGCUAAGGACUGCUUCCUCUGGGGGCACCAUAGCUCAAAAACAAUUUGACAGUGGGCCACUGUUGGCUCACACCAACAAUCUUAGCUCCUCGGAAGGCUGACAUCUGAGGAUCAGGAUCGAGAUGUGAAUCCAGGCCAGCAGAGAAGUCUGUGAGACUUAUCCCCAGUUCCUCAGCACAGAA